CACCGCCAACACAAGACCUCCGACAGCAACCCUGGAAUCGAGUGCACCCCAGGAGCCCGAAUACUAGUAUAUAACCCACCGUCACUCACCUCUUACACUCCUUUCAAACUCAUCAAUCAGUUCCAUUCGCUUCAUUCACUCAUUCAUUCAUUCAUUCAUUCGCUCACUUUCCACAACAACAUUCACUCCACUUUCACCAACUUCUCUCCAUCUUCCAAACCAGACCAACAACCAAAUCCAACCGCAAAAAUGCAGUUCUUCGUCAUCCUCGCCAUUGCCACCACCGUCUCCGCCGCCACCUGCGGUAUCAACGGCUCUCUCUGCGACAGCAAGAAGCGCUCUGUCGGCAUGACCAACCAGGUCCGCGAGUGGAUCCAUGAGCGCAGCGCUCCUGCUGUUCCCGUCGUGGAGGUCACCCCCGAUACUAUCUCCAUCGAAUAAAUUCCUGACUGGAAACAUCAA